AUGUCACAAGCAAGCCUUCUCCUCCAAAAGCAAUUCAAAGGUUUAUGUUCUUGGUUUAACCAAUGCGUAUUAUUCACAGAUCUUUGUAAAGCUCCUUUAGAUGGCUUCUCAGCAGGUUUUGAUGAGAGCAAUGUGUUUGAAUGGAAUGUCACCAUCAUUGGUCCUCCUUAUUCUCUCUAUGAUGGAGGUUUUUUCAAUGCAAUCAUGACUUUUCCUCCUGAUUAUCCUAAUGUUUACUCUGAUGGAACUGUCUGCAUUUCAAUUCUUCACCCUCCUGGUGAUGAUCCAGUUGGUUAUGAAGAUUCCGGGGAGCGCUGGUUGCCUAUUCAUACGGUUGAAAGAAUAGUUCAAGGCGUGACUAAAUAG